AUGUCUUCCCUCAGGACUUUGUUUCUGGGCGUGUAUGCCUCAAGUGGCAUAAUAAGGGUGCUUUUCUUGCCACUAUGCUACCUCUUGUUGUCCACUCCGUUUACUCUUGUUAUCGCAUGGUAUUUUGGCUUUGUUCAGACGCUUCAAACAUUCAUACCAGAAGAGUUUACUUGGAUUGACCUUCUGCCUCAAAUUACCCUUUCAGCUGUCUUCUUACUUCUUCCCACAAGGUUGCUUUCUAGCUCGAGAGAUGGGGUAAAGAAUAAAGAUGGGAAGAGGCGGGUACAAUCGUUGCCAUACUGGAUACCUGGUGUUCGGCACUUUGGGAGUGUCAUUUUUGGUGGGGAGGGAUGGAUGAAGAGUAUCAGAGAGUCAUCGAUUACCAGUAUCAUUGCAUACAGCGCUGCUGGUGCGAAACACAACAUCUUUUUUUCGGAUUCCCUUCUCCACCAAAUCUACAAGAACUGGAGUAGCCUGGAAGAACCGAAACCUUAUACGUUGGCUCUUCUCCGAAAUGCAUUUGGCUUACCGAAGGGUGCAGAGAGUCAAUAUAUCGAGCUCUCGCCAGCAAUUGCAAAAGUCAUCGAGUCCGAUAUGUUUAAGGGCAAAAAGUUAGAGGGCCUUAUUUCUGCAUCGUUGAACAACAUUUCGGAAUCAUUACCGGACUUCAUCACAUUCAAUACUUCUAUCGUUGACCAAAUGCAAUGGGAGCGCGUCUCGAAUCUGGAGCUCACGGAUGGCAAUUCAGAAGCUGAGUGUGACUUGUUCACCUUGGUCAAUGAAUUCUGCUGCAACGCAAUUCUCCCUCCAGUCAUAGGUACUCAGUUCACCGAAUCAUAUCAGCUACUUGCCACGGAUCUUGCGGCUUUCAAUCAUCGGUUUUGGGCACUUGCUCUUGGAAUACCACGAUUAUCCCCUAUCCAGGGCCUACCAGGAGCUGCUUUGUCACAGAAGAGGUUGCUGCACAACUUUACAAAGGUAUUCCAUGACUUGACAAACCCACCCGUAAGGAGGGUACCGGAAGAUGACGAAAGUGUGAGCGGUGGGGAGGAAACGGAUGCAGAUAUCUCCACACCACUCACAGCACUCAAUGAGCUCUUCACAAAACAUGAUCUGCCUGUAGAAGUUCGGGCGGCAGUCGCACUUCACCUAAUACAUAACAUAGUGUCAGAAGUUGUUCCACUGGUCUUUUGGACAAUUUUGCACGUCUAUUCAUCGUCGAGCACGCAAGGCUUGGAGACCUCGAACGAUGCAUCUCUCGCGAGGAUCAAAGACGAAACUAAGGCUUGGGCCCAAGCCAUCCAGCCUCCCUCAAUACACCCGUCCUUCCCAGCACCUCCGGAGGUACGUUUCGCCUCUGCAAAGGAGGCGUUAUCUUCAAAACAUUUCCCUUAUCUACGAUCCUGCAUCGACGAAUCCCGGCGCCUUUACAAUUCCUCCAUCUCCACCUACCUAGUGACAAAACCAAUCGCCCUCGAAGAAGAAGGCAUUGCACGACCGAGCGAGCAAGAGCAAUGGGAACUCGAUGUCGGCUCUUACGUCGACAUUGGUCUCUCACAAACCCUGAUCAACUCCUCGCCAGCAAACCACAUCUCCCCAAACAGAUUCAAACCAGACCGUUUCGUCAACAUACCUGCCUCAUCCUCAAUCACGUCUCCCAUCGACCCUUCAAACCAGUACAAAUCUGCCCUUCUCAUCUCUCUCAUAGCAGGUAUCAUGCAGCUUUGGGAACUCGCACCGGCGCCCAAGAAGACAAUUUUCGAUCACCUGCAAGAAGUGCGGGAUGAAGCCACAAUAGGUGCAGAGCCGCUUACUGGAGAACAGAAGGCAGCAAAGGAUGAAGCUCAGGCGGAGAAAUCUAAGAAAGCCAGGAAAGCCGGGAAGUGGAUCAUUCCUAAAGCGGUUGACGGAGCUGCUGUAAAGAUACCAAAGAGCGAUGUCAGAGUUAGGGUCAGGAGAAGGGAGGGUCUCCCCACAUCGAAGAUUAUGCGGAGAAUCGGGUAA